UCAAAGUUUUGUCUGUAGCGGCCAUGACUUCCUUUGCGAAAAGCAAUACCAAAAACCAACCUCCAUUGUUGUUUUUGUUGGGAGAGCUCAAUGGUGAAACCAAGCAUGCUUUCCUUGAUCCUGUAAACCAAUCUCCAUUCUUGAGUGAGGCAGAGUUUACCGAACUUCAAUUCCAGGUUGAGUGUUUGUCAUCAGGGCAUGGUUGGUUACUUCUACUAUCCCGGCAAACCUCUUCUCUUUUCUUUUUCAACCCCUUUACCCGUCAAAAAAUCGAUCUUCCAUAUCGAUCAUCUGGUUUCACUGCUGUUGCUUUCUCUGCACCCCCAACAUCUCCAGAUUGUGUUGUUUUUGCGAUCCAACAUCAGUAUGGUAUUCAUUGCCGUACCAACUUCCAUGUAGAUGUUUUACGUGUUGGGCAAGAAAAGUGUUGGAAUCGAUAUCCAUAUCGAGUUGGGAAGGAUUUUGGUGUUCUGAUGCAUGCAAUUUGCAAUGAUGGGAUUUUGUAUUGUAUGGAUUCUUGUGGAAGGAUUGCUACUUUUGAUGCCAAUAAAAAAGGAGAUACUUGGACUGAAAUUUCGAGCAAGAAUUUCAAGCAGGUUCGUCUUUCUUGUUUCUUCAAAUUCAACGGUGAACUCUAUGGAGUUAAGCUGUAUGGGAAUUAUGGCGCUGUUGAAACAGUUUAUAAACUGAAGCUUGAGAAUGGGGUUGCAGCAGCUUGGGAAGAGGUCAAUGAUAUGAGAGACCAUACUAUGUUUCUUGGCCCUAGCGGUUCUUGCGCUGCAGUUGGCCUGGAUGAAAAGCUGUUGCAAAAGAAAAUUUUCUUGGCCAGGGACGACCCCACAUCGAAGUCUCUGAUCUUUGAUUCUGAUGAAGGAAACUAUAAGAAGACUGCAACGGUAUCUGCAUCAGAGUAUAGCUGGUGCUAUACAUCAGUUUGGAUCGAAAGAUCAGCAGUUUAGUUUGACCUUUUAAUUAGUUUCCUUUUAGUUUGUAUAGAUGAGAUUUUAUAUUACAUUGUCUAAUAAUGGAACCAGUUCAAUGAUGUGGUUAAAUUUAUCAAACUGCAAAACAGAAUUAUUUCAUAAAUAAAUUAGUGAUUUUAGUUGA